GUCCUUUUAACCGUUCCCCGGCGAUGCGGCUAAAAUGGAGAACGAUAUGCUCGACGCCGCUGAAGUCGCAUUACAUCGCGGGGCCCCGCGCGAUGUGCCGACGUCGUGUGGUAUUCAUGUCCCCCGUAAUUGGAGCCUCCGGGCUUGAUGUAAUCAUGCAAGUGUGGGGGAAGAAGCAGGCUCAUCAGUGCAACGGGAAGAUGGCGCGGAUAAGGGGAAGGCCGGGAUGAGCGGCUCCCUUGCCAUUUUCAGUAGAUUAAUGUCAGGGUGACGAGUGCCCGGGAUGGUGAGCAUAUAUGGUGGCAUCCCUCGUCCGCUCCCAGGAUCUCGGUUGUCCCUGACAGACGCGGAAUUCGUCAAGCCUCAUCUCGGUCCUUUCGAAGUCAGUCGUCACCACAAUGAAGGCCAGUCUUAUGCUCCUGUUGGCGCCGCUCGCCGUCCUGGCAGCACCGGCCCUCGAUACCCGCCAGGCAGCUCAGAGCAUCGACCAGCUGUUCAAGGCCAAGGGCAAGCUCUAUUACGGCACCUGCACCGACCAAGGCCGGCUCACCUCGGGCAAGAAUGCGGCCAUCAUCCAGGCCAACUUCGGCCAGGUGACGCCCGAGAACAGCAUGAAGUGGCAGUCCAUCAACCCCAACCGGGGCAGCUACAGCUGGGGCCAGGCCGACUACCUCGUCAACUGGGCCACCCAGAACAACAAGACCAUCCGCGGUCACACCUUUGUCUGGCAUUCGCAGCUGGCCGGCUGGGUCGGCAACAUCCGCGACCGUAACACCUUGACCCAGGUCAUCCAGGACCACAUCACGACGGUCAUGACGCGGUACAAGGGCAAGAUCUACGGAUAUGACGUUAUCAACGAGAUGUUCAACGAAGACGGCUCCCUUCGCAGCAGUGUCUUCUCCCAGGUGCUUGGUGAAGACUUCGUCGGCAUCGCCUUCAAGGCCGCCCGCGCCGCCGACCCCGACGCCAAGUUGUACAUCAAUGACUACAACCUCGACAGCCCCAACGCGGCCAAGUUGACGAGGGGCAUGGUAGACCACGUCAAGAAGUGGCUGGCGGCCGGCAUCCCCAUCGACGGCAUCGGCACACAGGGCCACCUGCAGUCCGGCCAGGGCAGCGGCCUGGCUGGUGCUAUCAAGGCGCUCGCGGCCUCGGGCGUUAGCGAGGUUGCCGUAACCGAGCUGGAUAUCCAGAACAACAAUGUCAACGACUACACUGCCGUCACCAAGGGCUGCCUGGACGAGCCCAAGUGCGUGGGCAUCACCGUCUGGGGCGUCCGCGACAACGACUCGUGGCGUCCACAGGGCAACCCGCUCCUCUUCGACAGCAACUACAACCCCAAGGCUGCGUACAACGCCAUCGUCCAGCUGCUGUCGCAGUGAAUAUUAUGUCUCAUCAAGUCCGAUAGCUAGGAGGACGAGGAUGAGGAUGAAUUGGGGACUUGAAUCAACUGGUUGGUCGCGGGAAACGAUGAGCACGGGUUACUCGCAGGAUUGAGAAAAUCGCGGUGUUGCCCCUGAAAAUGCCACGCCAAGCUGGCUCUGUUGUAAAUAGCACCGAAAUCUUCGGAUCAACCAGGCGUGCAUCUUUUCUUCCCUCUGAUGUCGUGAUCGGACCAAUUCUCUAAUCCUAGGCGCCCGUACGAUUGGAUUGAACUCCGAG